AUGGCAGAGAUCGAGGAGUUUAUAAAUCUAGAAAUUCCAUCGGUUAUUCACAAGGAUGAUUGCGGUUACUGCUUUGAGACGAUUUACAAUGAUGACAUCAACUCAUCGCACUCGCUUAACAUCUGUUUGAGAUGCUUCCAGAGCUUUUGUUCAGAGCAUCUGGAACUUCAUAAAGCAGUUGCUCAGGCCGAAUUGAAUGACUGUCACGACCUAUGUAUGAAUCUCAGUAAAGUCAAGAAACCAACUGCAGUAUUGGAAGAGCCCACUGAGAAGAGACUAAAACUGGAGGUCAGCGAAAAGAGUGAGGAUGAGCUGUACGACACAUCUUGGACGCUAUCAAAGAACAAUAUCAAGAUCACAGAUUUGGAACUGAAGGGAUUGGACCCCAAAGUGGCUGCUAAAGUGGCUGCUAAAGUGGAUCAGAUCCUGAACGCUAAAUCUAAUAAUUUCCAACAAAUGGCCAGCUCUUGGGAACUGGAAGUCCAGUCGUGCCAACACGUCAAGGACUUUGCUGUGGGUGAAGGAGAGUCGCAAAAUGUGCAAAAAACAUGUUUGGAAUGCGGUCUGGAUAAUAACUUAUGGCUUUGUCUGCAUUGUGGCCACAUCGGGUGUGGUAGACAGCAGGUAGGUAUCCAGGGCCAUUCUCACGCGCUAAAACAUUUCAAUGAUAAUGCAGGUCAUCCCUUGGCGGUCAAACUCGGGUCUCUGAGUCAAUCCUCCGCUGAUGUGUAUUGCUACUCUUGCGAUGAUGAAGUUCACUUUGAAGAUCAGGAUACGUGGGCUAAGGCAUUAGCCCACUGGAAUAUAGAUAUCAGUGGCAAAAUCGCACAGGAAAAAACCCUGAUUGAACUACAACUCGAGCAGAACAUGAAUUGGGAUUUCCAAAUGGUCGAUUCUGAAGGCCAUAGCCUUAAGCAUCUACCAAGCUCAUCCGAGUAUGGCUGCGGGCUGCUAAACUUGGGAAACUCUUGUUAUUUGAAUUCUGUUCUCCAGACCCUCGUAAAUGGAGGUGUUGCUGCGUGGUCCCUUGCGGAACUUGGCGAUUUUCCGCUCGAUGUGGUUUACGUCUCCAGCAAUAUCAGAUGUCAACUUAUCAAGCUGCGGAAUGCGAUGGUCGGAGAACCUGCCAAAUACUCUCAUGGAGUUAAACCUUCCACCUUCAAAAAUUGCAUUGGCGGAACGCACGAAGAGUUCAGCUCCGGACGGCAACAGGAUGCUUUGGAGUUCUUUUCCUACUUCACUGAUCUCUUGGAUCAGAAAGCAUUCAAUAAAACGCCUACCAAUCCUAAUGACCUGCUUAGGUUCAAUAUUCGGGACAGACUUGAAUGCUCACAGUGUCAUUCCGUGAAGUAUAGCACACAGUCGUCUGAAUUUUUGCAAGUUCCCCUAGCCGAUGACUCUCAACCACAGGAGCUGACCGAACAGAUUAGGAGCUACUUUUCUGGAGAAGAAGUAAGCUUCAAUUGCCCGAAGUGCGACGAAAUGGUUACCGCCAUCAAGUCGUCGGGUUUUCAAUCGUAUCCCGACACGUUGGUCGUGAGCCCUACGCGAAUCAAACUCGUUAACUGGAUGCCCACAAAGACGUCACAAGAGCUCCUGGUCCCCGGACUCGAAGCCACUGAUACUUCCACUUUACGUCUGGGUAUGUUCAAGUCACACGGGUUUAAUAGCGAAACGGAAACGCUAUUUCCAGACAGUGAUGAGGCGAGAGUCUUUAGACCGAACGCUCAAUGCAUUGCCAAUCUAUUAGAGAUGGGCUUCACUGAGAAUGCAGCGACCAAGGGAUUAUUCCACACCAAUAAUAGUGGCGUGGAGGACGCGAUGAACUGGUUAUUCGCCCACGUCGAGGACUCUGAUCUCAACGAGCCGUUCAUCAUGCCACCAAAAUCAAGCGAGACAGAAGAAUUCAAUUCACAGCAUCAUCUCGAGGAUAUGAUUAACAUGGGUCUUGAUCCGCAACUGUGCCGCAAAGCCCUCAUCCUCAAUAAGGGCGACAUCACUGCUAGUGUAGAAUGGGUUUUCAACAAUUUAGAUGACGAUGGUCAAACUACUGAACAAACCCCGGUACAAUGCGAAAAGAAAGAAUAUGGUUUUGAGAAUGAAACGCUCGCAAACUACCGUUUGAAAGCUGUAAUUUGUCACAAGGGCUCUUCUGUUCAGUCGGGUCAUUACGUGGCUUUCAUCAGAAAACAAGUCGAAAACGAGACCAAAUGGGUCCUUUACAAUGACGAGAAAAUCGUGGUAGCUGACGAUGCUGCGAAUAUUGAAGAAUUGAAGAAGAAUGGCUAUAUAUUCUUCUUCAAUAGGUGUUAG